UGUGGCGAACCCUUCAGAAUGUGUAAGAGUCAUAGUGGCACCUGUCGAUGAAGAAUCCUCUUUUUUUUUUCGAAGCAGUGAUGAGCUCGCGGACAUUUACGUGUUGUUUGAAGGAAGAAGAAGUCAACUUACCAGGAAAGGUGACAGGGCAAAUGAGAUGAGUCGCCAGCGUAUGGAACUACCUCAGGCGGCGGAGAGAGUGGGCGAACCGACGUCGGGCCAGUGGCAGCAUCCUCAGCAACCGCAGCAGCAACCCGUGUACACAUGUCGGUUCUGCUUGGGCACCGACAACCAGAUGAGCAUGGUGAUGCCCUGCAACUGCAAGGGCAACUUCAGCCACGCCCACGCCAACUGCGUUGCAAUCCAGAUAUACCAGAAUCGAGUAUACGCCUGCCACAUCUGCCAUUAUGACUUCAACAUCCGCUGGGACAAUCAGAAGAGCUUCGUCGAAUGGCUGCUGGACAGCGACAACCUGGCGGACCACAUGCUGUUCGCGCUCAGCGUGCUCUUCACGCUCAGCCUGGUGCUGGUGCUGACGUUCGCCUGGCUCCAGGCGACGCACACGCUGGCGCGUCUCUCCUGGUUGCUGGCCAUGCCUCUCGCCCUUUUGCUGCUGCUGCAGAGCUUCACAUGGAUGGGCUUCGCUUUGUACAGCCUAUGGUUGUACCGCAAGGCGUAUCUCAUCUGGAAGGUCCAGUCACCACCACCAGCUCUGCGGCACCGGCUGGAGGCACAGGCCCCUGUGGCGUCGGAGCGCCACUGAGGCUGGCGUUCAGUGCGUCGGCCACAAAUCGUCAAGGAUCUUCAGUGCUUUACGCACGUGGUCGCGUGUGGCCGCACGCCCAUCGGCGCUUCUCUGACCGCUUCCCGGAGUUUCACGUCGUUAGAGCUCGCUCCCUACAAGCUACCGCAUCCAACGUGAUUUUUUUUAUUUUGUGCACUUCCCACUACGCCUGUACCCAUACGUAAGAGUCAUUAUGAAUAUUAUAGUCAUGUUGUCGUUUUA